UGAGUUGGCAACAUUCUCAGAGGGUUCCGACAUCGUCUUUUUUUUCCGCGGUUGGCGACUUUCCUCAUGUCGCAGGACCGGGGGAAGGAUCCGUCAGACUCGCUCACGACCGCCCGACAAGGUCAUAACAGGAAGACGUUUGACUCGCCGUUCAAGGUCGACCCGACAGUCGACGGCAAGCAGGACGACCCGGUGUGGCAUUUCGUGGCCAGAGGGCGUUAUUUGGAUGGGUCGACGGCGGCGGGCAGGAAGAGCGGUCGUCGAUGCCUGUGCAGGUUGUGCGGGCGUUCGAUUUGUGGGGGCGCUAAAGCCGUCAGGGAGCACUUCUCGAAGAGCGAGAAGUUUCGAUGUGAGGCAGCCACUCCUGCUGUGUGGAAUGCGAUCUGGUCGGAGGACAUGACAAAAUGUCCAAAGGAGUUCGUGUCGGCCAUAGAAACAUUGCAGAGCCACUUGCCAGGUCAUCCGAGCUUGCAGUGGCCACCUCUUCGAUUCCCCGAGGACGCAGUGCCGCCGCUGGUUCCUCCCACCGCCCCUUCUGGAGCCGUCGCAUCGCCCAAUUCCGGGGCUCCGGCCAUUCGAGUCACAUUCGUCGGAGCACCCCUGGCUGCCACCGCCACCGUCGAGAGCGGCGCAGCGUCCAAUGGUCCACCACGCUUACGGAACCGCCCACCCGGAUCCGUCACACCUGCAGAUGCUCGACAUUCUGCUUCCGUGGCUCGUUUCGGGGAACAAGUGGAUCAUGGGGUGCCUGCCGAGGAGGUCCCCGCUCUGGUGUCCGAUUCAUCGCCGACCCCUGUUCCGACAACCACGGGCGGUGGUCGGUCUGCCCCACAGCCUCCACCCGUGUUGACCGGAACGUUAGACCCUUUGCAGCGCAUUCGUGACCUUGCAGUCGCCCAGAGCGCGACACCUGUGAACCCUGGCUGGUUGUUGGAUGCUGGGGUCCUCGGCGGGAGAGCUACGACGGGACGAUAGAUCGGGGUGGUGUAUGUGUCCACCGACAUCAUGCGUGGCAAAAAGGACGCCAGUGCCCUCGCGAACGCAUGGUUGAAAAGGGUGAAGUCUAUGGACAUUAAUUUGAGCGACAUCACGGCGUUCGUGACGGACUCCGCCGGGGUGAACGUCGCGGCGAUGGAGGUAUUCCAAAAAGAUGAGAGCGUGAAGCACAUCUUCUGGAUUCCUUGCGUCGCCCACAUCAUAGAUCUCAUUCUCGAGGACAUCGGCGGGAUUGAUUGGGUGGCUUCCCGCAUUUCUCAAGCGAGGCUGGUUACAAGGUUCUUCAAGCGCCAUGGACAUGCGAGAGAGGUUCUUGAGGCGCACUCGACGAAGACUCUUCUGCUACCGGCGGAGACGCGUUUCGGCACGAACGUCAUCAUGAUGGAGAGGCUGGUGGCACUGCGGGCCGCGUUGACAGAUGUUGUGGCCGACGAUCACUGGCGCGAGACUGUUUUGUCGACCAGCAAGAUCCGCAAGGAUGCAGCCCAGGUCACUGCAUGUAUCGGCUCCCCUCCAUGGUGGGAGGAUUUGAGAGCUCUGUGCAAGAUGGUAGAGCCCAUCAUGGGCAUGCUGAAGUUGAUGGACAGCGACACACGCCAGAUCAGCAAGAUUCUGCGAUGUUACGAGGAAAUGAUUGCAUCUUGUUUAUCCGCAUGUCGUGACAUUGAUCGGGAGCAGCAGGACGCUAAUGUGGAGGUGUUCCACAGACGGCGCACCAUGUUCAAGACUCCCGCCCACACGGCAGUCAUGCUGCUAGAUCCAGAGUUCCGGGACGCGACGCUUUGUGACGAUGCGGAGGUGCAGCAGGCCUUGGUCGAGGCCCUUGUCCAGUUCGGCUACCCGGAGGAUUCGCCGCAGCACCGGGAGGUCCAACGAGCGGUCGCCAAGCUCCACACGAGGGAAACCCCUUUCGAUGAGCUCACCAUGCGGCGAGCUGCGGAUAUCUUUGAUCACCCUGCCAGUUUUUGGUCCUCAAAGAAGGCGAAGUUCCCUCACACGGCCGCUGUGGAGGACGAGGUAGCCGUGGACCAGCAGCUCGUCAGAGGCACCGGUGUUCUGGCGAUGGUGACCAAUGAGGAGUUAAGCCUCGCCAGAGAGAGGAUGCGCGCCAUUUCCCGCAUGGGAGCCGAGCGUCGGGUGGCGGAGUCGGACAGGAGGCGACGYAGGGCUGGUGGUCGGGGACGUGGCGGCCGUGGACGAGUAGGUGUCGGAGGAUGUACACGUGGCGAUGCGGGUUCCGCUCCUCGGACUCGGCGACAGCGGACGGAUGGUGGCAUUCGCAGGGCCCGCAUGCGUUGGGACGAGGGUGACUUCUUGUUCGACAGCACAUCGAGCGACGACGACGAUUUAUUUGCGUCGGGAACACAUGCAUCCACAGGUGAUGAUAGAGGUGACGCUGACGACAGAGGCGAUGACAGAGGCGACGCAGGCGCCCCAGUCCACUCCACAGGAGCGGGUUUGGAGGACGGCGAGGCACAACGUGAGCCGCCUCCUCACACGAGUGACGGCGRUCUAGAGGAGGGAGAGRUUGCACCCACUCCCACUUGUGGAAAGGACGGGGAGKACGAACGUCCUCCGACGGACCACCACGUCGGCCUCGACUGCCCGCCCGACAGUCUUCMGCCCACCGACGAGCUAUUCACCAUGGAUUCUGCCUUGGCAUCUCUGCCCGAUAUAUCGCUACUGAUAUCUCCCACUUUGCCGGUUGUGGCACCACCGGAGCUUGCUGGACGAGAUGACGCGCGUCGUGACAGAGGGUUCGACGAGUUCGGCGGCGACACGAUACUGCAUCCUCCAGAGUCCGGCACUCCCGUCAUUUUUCAUGUCGGUGCACCGUGGGCGGUGGAGCAGGGGUUGGCGGAGGAGGUAGCACGAAACCGUCGUGGUGGACCGCACGUCGCAGCUCAACGUAGUCUGGAAGGUUCACUAGAGGCAACUUUAGGAGAUUUUUUGGCACAGGGGGGUCAUGGUUCGCAGUUGUUAUCGGACGACGUGUCAUCAGUCCAUCCACCAGAGGAGGGCCCGCAGCAAGAGCCACAUUUAGGGCCAGCGGAGACUUUAGAGGCGAGGCCUCCCAGAGUUAUCCGCUCGGACGGAGGCGAGGGCGUGAGCGAGGAUACAGCGCAGCCAGGGAGCGCAGAUGGUGGACGGUCCUUCAGGGGGGGCAUCGAGCGCAAAGGGUCAUCGACCGCACACCCCAGCAUUGUCAGGCACAGCACACAUGACGUUGGAGACGGGCACACACAUGAGCCUCGACCACAUUUGACGGGGAUGCGGGAUAUUAUGUGUCCACCACCCUCACGCCCCUCUGCCGCUGAUCCUGCCACCCACGGGCAGGCCGCGCCGAGCGCAUUGCCUACGAGGUCUUUCUACGACGGUGCGGGCAUGGACCGGAGGGCGGGCGAUAUCGGACAGACAUCAGCAUAUGGACCGGCAGAUGUGCCCGCGGGGGCGCGAUCAAUCGGCAACGUCGACGGCACUUGUCAUGAUUCCAUGAGAGCUUACGAGGAGCAGCAUGGGAGGCCUAUACGGGCCAAGACGAGCGAUGUCAACGACACCAGGACGGCAACUGCGAGGCUGUCACGGGCGAGGAAGAAGGGAACAGGUGUGUCGAUUCCGUAUCACCGGCGCCGCCUGCAUCCUUUUUUCCGCAACAGGGACGAGACCAGACAGAUGCCAGCUGCCGCAGAUGGACAGGGGGGGGCGGAGGGAGGUGACAGAGUGGACGAAGCAGGUCGAGGUGAGGAUGAGGACUGGACCUGGCCCGGAUGGUCAUUGCACCCCAGCGACACAUUUGCCGCCUAUUGAUCGACGGGCGCAAGCUCGUUCUCUGUUGCGCAAACUGGGGGAGCAAAGACAGGCACGAGGGACAUCACUGCCACAUCAGCAGCC